AUGCCGUCAACAACGAGCUCUGGAUCUCAGUAUUCCGCCACAUCAAUGUCGCAGGUCUCAGACUCCUCCACCGCUGAAUGGGAGCACGAAGCCUUCGAGACUUUCCAGUCUCGGGUGGUGGACCUUUUCAACACCGAGUUUUGGAUUCCGGGCUACUCUGCAAGCACGAUCAGAGUCGAGCGCAUGCAGGGUGGUGGCUUCAACCGCGUCAUUGGAGUCACGAUUGAGACCGAAUCCGAGGAAGAUUUCAACGUUAUUCUGCGCAUCCCCCGGAUGGACGAAGACCUACUCGAACAUGACGUCGGCAUUCUCGAGUUUGUCGCUGAUAGAACCUCAAUCCCUGUUCCGCGCGUGCUCUCGUUUGACAAGGGAUACGAUAAUCCUAUCGCUUGCCCGUACGCAGUCCACGCACGCAUCCCUGGAGAGACCUUGACGAAGACCUAUCCGCACCUCACUCACCAGCAGCGAUGCAGUGUUGCUGAGCAGCUGGGCCAGGCAUAUAGGGAGAUGUUGGAGCUGCGCAGCGCCGUACCAGGCCGAUUGAACUCGGGCCUGGGCCCAGAGCUGUUCGUGUCGAGCCUCCAGAACAUGAGCUGGGACUCAGACUAUCCGAUAUUUCACACGCCGUACCAUCAUGGCCAGCCUCCAGCUUGGUCGAUCAAGGACAUGCUGACGGCACGCUUCGACUUUCUCAAGUCGCGGUUCCUGGAAAAGCUUCCACUCAACUUCUACACGCAGGACACGUUGGAUCGAUUCAUCCGAAUGACUGCCGAGCUUGACAAGAUGGGUUGCUUUCGGGACCACUUCUACUCGAUCGUCCAUACGGAUCUCCAGCCACGAAACGUCAUGGCCACUCCCGACACAGAGGGCGAAGGCGUCAAGAUUACCAUUCUUGACUGGGAUGGUGCCGUCUUUGCCCCCAUGUUUUCGACAUGUUCUCCGCCUCAAUGGAUUUGGGACUGGAAGGACGACGAGGAGGACGAUGAAUAUUAUGCCAACGACGUCCCGAAGACCCAAGAGAAUCGGGAAUUGAAGCAAAUUUUUGAGGACGCCGCCGGACCAGAUUUCAAGAGGUGGGCGUAUGGCGACGCGAAUCGGCUUGCCCGAAGACUGACCCGUUUCGCAUACGAGGGUCUCGUCACGAACGAGCAUUACAGGGAGGCCGAGGCGAUGCUAACGGAGUGGGCGGCUCUGUACGAUUCCCGCUUUCCAAAGCCGGCCCCGGGAUUGCUUGAGAAGGCCAUGUCAGCUGCGAAAUGGUUCUACGCCUGGGAGUGA